AUGGACCUGAGCGCGGCCGCCGCGCUGUGCCUCUGGCUGCUGAGCGCCUGCCGCCCCCGCGACGGGCUCGAAGCCGCCGCGGUGCUGCGAGCGGCGGGGGCAGGGCCGGCCGAGAGCCCGGGGGGCGGCGGCGGCGGCGGGCGCACCCUCGUCGCGGCUGCGGGCGCCUCUGCCGCCCCGGCCGCCGCGGCUCCCGGGGCCCGCGCCUCGCGCCGCGCCCCCGGCUCCGGCUUCAGGAACGGCUCGGUGGUGCCGCACCAGUUCAUGAUGUCGCUCUACCGGAGCCUGGCCGGGAGGGCUCCGGCCGGGGCCGCCGCCGCCUCCUCCUCCUCCUCGGGCUCCGGCCGCCACGGCCGCGCGGACACCAUCACCGGCUUCGCAGACCAGGCGACCCCAGACGAAGCGGCAGCCGAGACCGGCCAGAGGUUCCUGUUCGACCUGUCCGGCCUUUCCGACGCGGACGAGGUGGUGGGCGCGGAGCUGCGCGUGCUGCGCCGCGAGCCCCCGGAGCCCGGCCGCGGCCCGCCGGAGCCCCCGCCGCUGCUGCAGCUGUCCACGUGCCCCGACGCCGCGCGCGCGCCCGGCCUGCUGCACUCCCGGGCCGCCGAGCCCCUGCACGGGGAGCGCUGGGAGGUGUUCGACGUGGCGGACGCCGUCGGGAGCCACCGCCGGGACCCGCGCGGCGCCCCCCGCGCGUUCUGCCUGCUGCUGCGCGCCUCGGCGGGGCCGGCGCGGGGGCCGCUGGCGCUGAGACGGCUGGGCUUCGGCGCUCGGGGCGGAGGCGGCGCGGCGGCGGAGGACCGCGCGCUGCUGGUGGUCUCCUCCCGCACGCAGAGAAAGGAGAGCCUGUUCCGAGAGAUCCGCGCCCAGGCCCGCACCCUCGGGGCCGCGCCGGCCGCGGAACAGCCGCCCGACCCGGCACCCGGCACCGGGGCACUGACUGCCGUCCUUGGCGGUCGCAGGAGGCGGCGGACCGCGCUGGCUGGGGCCCGGGCUGCGCAGGGCGGCGGCGGCGGCGGCGGCGGCGGGGGCGCGGGCCGCGGCCACGGGCGCAGGAGCCGGACCCGCUGCAGCCGCAAGCCGCUGCACGUGGACUUCAAGGAGCUGGGCUGGGACGACUGGAUCAUCGCGCCGCUGGACUAUCAAGCGUACCACUGCGAGGGCGUCUGUGACUUCCCGCUGCGCUCGCACCUCGAGCCCACCAACCACGCCAUCAUCCAGACGCUGCUCAACUCCAUGGCGCCCGACGCGGCGCCGGCCUCCUGCUGCGUGCCCGCGCGCCUCAGCCCCAUCAGCAUCCUCUACAUCGACGCCGCCAACAACGUGGUCUACAAGCAAUACGAGGACAUGGUGGUGGAGGCGUGCGGCUGCAGGUAG